CUUUCCUUCCUUUUCCAUUGUGUGCCAAAAAAUUGUAAGCUACACAAGCAAGCAAUUAUGAAAUCAGCACACACAAAUGGUUCUUCUCUGAAUGAGUCGGAGACCGGUAGGACGUUAGUUAUUGGUUCGAGCGGGUUUAUAGGCCGAUUCAUUACCGAAGCCUGCCUAGAAUCAGGCCGGCCAACAUAUGUUUUGGUCCGGUCUAGUUCAAACUCACCCUCCACCAAGGCAACCACCAUCAAGUUCCUUCAAGACAAAGGAGCCAUCAUAAUUUAUGGAUCCAUAACCAACCAAGAAUUCAUGGAGAAGGUUUUGAGGGGAUAUAAGAUAGAAGUUGUGAUAUCUGCAGUAGGAGGGGAGAGCAUCUUGGACCAGUUCACUCUAGUAGAGGCUAUUAAGAAUGUCCACACUGUCAAGAGGUUCCUUCCGUCCGAAUUCGGGCAUGACAUAGACAGGGCGGAGCCGGUGGAGCCGGGCCUAACCAUGUAUGAGCAGAAGAGGAAGGUUAGGAGGGAGAUAGAGAAGUGCGGGAUUCCGUACAGUUACAUAUGUUGCAACUCCAUUGCUGCUUGGCCCUACCAUGACAACACUCACCCAGCUGAUGUUCUCCCGCCCCUUGAUAGGUUCCAAAUCUACGGUGAUGGCACCGUCAAAGCGUACUUUGUGGCGGGAUCUGAUAUCGGGAAGUUCACUGUGAUGUCCAUUAAUGAUGAGCGAACACUAAAUAAAACUGUUCAUUUUCAACCCCCAAGCAACCUACUUAACAUGAAUGAGAUAGCUUCACUAUGGGAGACGAAGAUUGGUCGCAUGCUUCCUAGGGUCACUGUAGCAGAAGAAGAUCUGCUCCAAAGGGCUCAAGAGAUGCGGAUCCCUCAGAGUGUGGUUGCGGCGAUAACGCAUGACAUUUUCAUCAAUGGCUGCCAAAUAAACUUCAGUAUGGACAAGCCAACUGAUGUUGAAGUCUGCUCUCUCUAUCCAGACGCUACUUUCCAGACCAUCGCUGAGUGCUUCGAUGACUUUGCGAAGAAGAUAUUCGGUAAUGCCAAAGCAGUGAGCAAGCCAGUAACGACAAGCAACAAUGACAUUUGUGAGACCGCUGCUAAACCAGAAGCAUUGGCUAUCACAGCGAUAUGCACAUGAGAAACUUCUCAAUUCUAAUCAAUAAUUGUUUUAGGACUUCUUAUUGUUAAAUUGGUGAAGAAAGUAUUAGUAGUAGUUACAUCGUGUAUUUUGGGAAUUUAGUAUCAUUUACCAGGGGGUGAGUAUGAUUGAGUGGGCGGUUAUGAAACUAGAACAAUAGAUUAUAGAUCACACAUGUAUUAUUGGUCCUAAAAGGUUUAGAUCAUGGAUUGGCUCGUGUUCUUUCAA